AUGGCCGCCCUCCGCCUCAUCGCAGCGAUCGCCGCCGUCCCCGUCGCCUGCAGGGCGUCGCUGCUGCACAGAGGCGCGCAGGCACCCGACCUGGUGGCUACCAAGGAGCAGCUCCUGAAGUCUCCCGUCUUCCAGGAGAAGAUCAACCAGACCUGCGGAGGUGCCGAGGAGCGCAACCAGCAGGCGUGCGCCUCGAGGGCUGCGGAGGGGCUGUUCUGCCAGCUGCUGGCGAGGCAGCAGCCGGAGCUCGCCAAGCAGGGAGGCUGCCACGGGGACGCGGUGCAGGCGAGGGUCCCGUCGUUCGUGCAGCUCCAGGCGAGCAAGGGUCCAGAGGAUGACCUCGCCCAGGAGAUGACGCACGACCUGGAGAUGAAUUUCAACAAGAUCGCCCCGUUCGGCAAGGAGGACACCGCCAAGGAGCUCCAGGACCACGCCGCGAAGACGCAGGACACCCUGGUCGAUGCCGUCGAGAACGCGGAGGUCGCGGAGAUCAAGCGCGCCGUGUUCCGAGCCCUGACGCGUCUCCGCGCCGCGACGAUUAAGGAGUUCGACACCAUCGCCCGGCUCGAGACGCAGGCCAUCGACGCCUACAACGACGCGCACCACUACCGCGCGGAGAACCCGCUGGCGCACCUCCACGAGGACGAGGCGCCCGUGGAGACCGACAAGCUCAAGUCCUUCCACUGA